UUUAAUGAUCAGUACUGUUACCGAAAGGCUCGAUAGGAUCGAAGAAGCCUGUCGUAAUGAUUUUGGAAACAUUUCGUCCGAAUUUACAUCAAUCAAAGCUUCUAUUGAAAUUCUUCAAAAUGAUUUGGCCCAACGUUAUGCGGUUGUCCGAAGAGCCGAUUUUGAUCAACAAAGCGUUUCGCUAGACUCUGCCUCAGCUUCAACUAGUUCAAGCUCUUCAUCUGAAGGUUCCAAUUUAUCUGGAAUUUUUGAUAUUACUGGAGACAUUAAAAUUCGCUUUAAACAACACUUUGAUCGACUUAUGAAGGCGAGGAAUUAUACUUUUGAUGAGAUGUGUUUCUCGGUAGUUGUUGAUAUUCGUAGUCUUGGAGGGAAUAUUAAAAUCUCAACAGUGAAAAAUUUUUAUGGUGGUGUUGGUCGCAGUACAGUUCCUACUGUUAAUCAGAUAAACGCAUGGGUAAAUAGUUUUAAUAAUAAUAAUGCGGAGUAGCGGGGAAGGAACUGCCAGUA